CGUACCAUGGAUCCUGGUGUGGAAAACAACGUGAAGGCCGUCAGGAGGAGUAAAGAGGAGAAGAAAGUUCUCCGAAAACAGAUAAAAGCCAGUCACACUUUGCUGAAACAUGAAGGAAUCAGUACAACAUCGCAGCCCACAAAGAGUUUGGUGGUGGCUAACGGCGGCCUGGGGAACGGCGUUACUCGGGAGGAUCUGUCUGCAGCGCUGAAAGAGAUGGGAGAGCUGGAGACGCUGAUCAUGCACCCUCACAAACCCUAUGCUUUUGUCACAUACAGAUCUGACGAGAGUGCUCGGGAAGCCCACAUCCACCUUAAUGGCCACAAGCUGCAAUGUGGAGAGAACGGUGUCACACUCUACCUCAGUUUUGUCGACUCAGUAACCUGUGAGGAGGAGGCCUCUGUCCCUUUGCCUGAGGGAUUAGUCCUGGUGGAGGAUUUUGUGUCUCCGGAAGAAGAAGCUCUGUUGCUUGCUGCCGUUGACUGGUCGUCUACUAAUGAUGAUGUCCCUGCUCAGAAAGCUCUGAAGCACAGAAGAGUCAAACAUUAUGGCUUUGAAUUUCGCUACGACAACAACAACGUAGAUAAAGACAAGCCGUUACCUGUCGGUAUUCCUCAGGAGUGUCUACCUGUUCUGGAGCGGUGUGUGAAGAACAAACACGUCAACGCCAUGCCAGACCAGCUGACGGUCAACCAGUAUGAGUCUGGACAGGGUAUUCCUCCUCAUGUGGACACUCACUCUGCCUUUGAGGACACCAUCCUGUCACUGAGCCUGGGAGCACAGACGGUGAUGGAGUUUCGCCACCCCGAUGGUCGUCUUGUUCCUGUGGUGCUGCCAGGACGGAGCCUCCUGGUGAUGACGGGAGAGAGCAGAUACCUCUGGACACAUGGGAUUACUCCUCGGAAGUUUGACGUGGUGCCAGCCUGCGACCCACAAUCCCCUGCUGAUGUAACGCCUGACCCCGGGAUCUACAGCAAUCUCACUUUGAACAAGAGGGGCACCCGCACUUCUUUCACUUUCCGCAAGAUCAGACAUGAACCCUGUCGCUGUGCCUUCCCCUCUGCCUGUGACAAUCAGGGAGCUCCCUCGGCACCCUCGGCCUCUUCGACGUCUCCCCCCUCGCUACCCUGUUGCCAUGCUGAUGCAGCCCAUCUGGAGGAGGAGUAUGUGCACCGGGUGUACGAUGCCAUCGCUUCCCACUUCAGCAGCACUCGUCACUCCCCCUGGCCUCGCGUUUGCCACUUCCUGAACUCGCUCCCUCCUGGCAGCGUUCUGGCUGAUGUGGGCUGUGGAAAUGGGAAAUACCUGGGUGUUAACCCAGAGGUGGUUGCAGUUGGUUGUGACCGUAGCAGUGCUCUUAUCCAAAUCUGUGCAGAGAGGGGUUUCCAGGCAUUUGUAUCUGAUGCCCUCAGUGUCCCUCUGCGGACAGCCUCCUGUGAUGCCUGUAUCUCUAUAGCCGUCAUACACCACUUUUCUACACAGGAGCGUCGGCUGGCAGCAGUGAGGGAGCUGAUGAGACUUUUGAGGCCCGGAGGUCGAGCACUCAUCUACGUUUGGGCUUUCGAACAAGAGUACAACAAGCAGAAGUCCAAGUAUCUCAAACACCAGAACAGAGAGCAUCCUGGGAACCACAGCCCCACUAAAAACACCUUAGAAGACAGCCAGGUACCUCAGGGGAAAUCAAGCAUCCAUACCAGCAGACCUUUAGAAGACAACUGCAGUCCUGUAGAUGAGGUACGAGAUGUUGGCAAAGUGACUGACGGCAAACUCAGUGUGCAUACCAACCGCACAGCCUUCAACACACAGGACCUUUUGGUUCCCUGGCACCUGAAAGAGGGGAAAAGACGAGGGGAGGAAGAAUCAGGAGAGUGUGGGAAAAAGGAUAAAAGGAAGGAGAAGCCCAGAAAGACUUCGGGUAACCCUGACCCCAGUUCAGGUUUUGACUCCAACAUGUCUCCUGGAUCAGGUCAGGACGCCCGUGAUGCCACUCACAGUGCAAACUCUAAACCAAGUGGUGACGCUACUCAGACCUCCACUUCUAGUCUCAAGUCAGAGUCAGAGAGCGGCCCAGCGCCUGUUUUUCACCGCUAUUACCACGUGUUCCAGCAGGGGGAGCUGGAGCGGCUGUGCUGUCAGGUGGCUGGAGUCAAAGUGCGGAGCACCUACCAUGACCAGGGAAACUGGUGUGUUAUAUUAGAGAAGGACAAGAGCAUUAAUGCAAUGUAAACAAAGAUUAAAUUAAAGAAUUAAGUGCUAUGAAAUAAAUGUAAAGAUUUUACAAAA